AUGUCUAAAUCAGAGUGGAAAUUUCAACAGGUUUUUGGAGACAGUAAGGGAGAUGAACCAGCAGAUGAUGAUAUAAUAUCAGCGUUGGAGUUUGACCGCACUGGUAAUUAUCUCGCUAUUGGCGAUAGAGGCGGAAGAGUAGUGAUUUUAGAUAGAACCCAACAAAAGAAGAAGGGAGCAGAUUACCGCGUAUUGACAGGAUUCCAGAGUCAUGAAGCAGAGUUUGACUAUUUGAAAAGUUUGGAAAUUGAAGAGAAAAUCAACAAAAUUAAGUGGUAUCCGUCAAAAUGUAACAAUAAUCUCUUUUUAUUGACAACAAAUGACAAAACUAUCAAAUUUUGGAAGGUCCAUGAAAAACAAACAAAAACUAUUUCAAAUCUUAACUUGAAUGGCAAUAUUAGAAGCGUGAGCGAUGUGAAAGAGCUAAAGGUUCCUUCCGUUAAAAAGUCUGACGCUGUAUCACAUGCCCACACGCCUAAGAAAAUUUAUGCAAAUGCUCACGCGUAUCACAUCAACUCCAUUUCAUUUAACACUGAUGGAGAAACAUUCAUGUCUGCAGAUGAUCUUCGUAUCAAUUUAUGGCAUGUUAAUCAUGAAAAGGAAAGUCACAAUAUUGUAGAUAUAAAACCAUCAAAUAUGGAAGACUUAUCUGAGGUAAUUACUUCGGCCUCUUUCCAUCCAGAGCAAUGCAGCACAUUUUUGUACAGUAGCAGCAAGGGAACGAUAAAACUUGGAGAUAUCAGACAAUCCAGCACCUGCAACACAUAUGCAAAGGUAUUCGAGGUUGAGGAAGAUCCAUCUAGCAAGACUUUCUUCUCUGAAAUUAUUGCAUCUGUUUCUGAUGCUCAAUUUAGUCCAGAUGGAAAAUACAUUCUAUCAAGAGAUUACAUGACGCUAAAGCUAUGGGAUAUUAAGAUGGAAAAUCGACCAUUGAAAGUGUUCAACAUGCAUGAAGGUUUACGAUCUAAAUUGUGUGAUCUUUAUGAAAAUGAUUGCAUCUUUGACAAAUUUGAAUGCUGUUUCAGUGGAGAUGGUAACAACGUAAUGACAGGCUCUUACAAGAAUCAUGUUCAUGUUUUUGACAAGCAAGGAAAGAAUCAUGAUCACUUUGAAGCAUCCCCAAAUCCUACCAUUAAGAAACCACAGAAAUCGACUGGUCUUUUGGGAAGGAAAAAGAAGAAGGACGACCAGUUUGAAACUUCAGAUUUUUCAAAGAAGUGUCUCCAUCUCACUUGGCAUCCAUCUGAAAACAUUAUUGCAGUGUCCUCGGUCAAUAGCCUCUACAUAUUUGCUCAAAAUUAA